AUGGCCUCGAUUCCCCUCACUCGAGCUCUUACGAGCACCACCUGGCGGACCGUAGUAGCGAAGCCGUCCGCAGCCUUGCGUCCCGCGGGGCUGUUCGCUCGUCGAUGCUAUGCGACUCGCGCAAACACGUCAGCAACGUCUACGGCCACGACCUCGACUUCGACCACUACCGCCCCGAAAGCAGCCACUGUAGUUGCCGCGGCCAAGAAAAAUACAAAAACGACCAAGAAGAGUGUCAGCACUGCGGCCACUGCGGCCACUGCGGCUCAGAAGGCCGCAAAUACGACUGCUGCUGCCGCUGCCUCCAAGACAACUGCCGCUGCCACCAAAGCCGCCACAGAUACAGCAAAGGCAACGAAGCCGGCGAAGAAGGCCACAACUGCUGCCGCAGCCGCGAAGUCCACGGCCAAGGCUGCAACGACUACGUCCGUCGCUGUGCCCAAGAAGACAACGACUGUGAAGACGACCGUCUCGACGAAGACUGCUGCUGCGACUCCCGUUUCUGCACCACUGGCAAAGGCCCCCACGCCUCCCGCUCCGCCUCCGGCGUCCGCAACAACCGCAAAGUCCACCACAAAACCCGGGCCGGAGGCCCCCAAGACCUCCGCCACAAUUGCACCUACACGACCCGUCGCUCCUCAGACCCCUAUGGCUUCCCCCACGCCGAAACCCAACAGCAAGGAGUAUCGCAAGGCCUACAAUACGGCAGCGAGGAAGUGGACGGCAACCAUGGUCGCCAUGCCUAUCCUUCUCGUUACCUCAUAUUUCCUCUUUGAUAGAUUGGCUCUUGGAAACCAACCUAAAGCCAUGCCUGAUUUCGAAAGCAAAAAGGAAAACACGGAAGACGCGCAAGCCCACAUCGCCUAG